CGGGGCGGGGCUCAGGGGCUUUUGAAAGUCCGGCGCGCACCCCCGAAGAAACGGUCUGGCCCGCGACUGCGAUGUCGGUGCUGCGGCCGCUGGACAAGCUGCCCACCCUGAACACGGCCACCAUCUUGCUGGUGAGCACCGAGGAUGCGCUUCUGCAGCAGCUGGCCGACGCGAUGCUCCGGCAGGUCUGCGCCUCCGAGCUGAAGAUCCACUUGGCAAACUCUCUCCCGCUGCCCUCCGAUGUGAACCGGCCUCGGAUUGACCUGAUCGCGUUUUUGAUCAACCUUCACAACAAGUUCAGCCUGCACAAAGUAGAGCGUUCCCUGCAGCACGUGGACGCCACCUUCUUCCUGGGGAAGGUUCUCUUCCUGGUCACCGGUGCCAGCCAGGAGGACCGCUGCAGCACGCACCGGAGCACGGUGGAGAGGCUGGCUCGCACCUACCAGAGCCCCCUGCUCUUCUGUGACAUGGAGACGGAAGCCCUCCGAGAUGCACUGGCCCAGCGUCUGGUCCGCCUACUACUCAUCUGUGCCGGCCACGUGCCCGGCGUGUCAGCGCUGGACCUGCUGACCCUGCUGCGGCGGCCUGAGAGCCCCGCCCUGGACGAGCUGUGA